ACGCCCAACGGUUUAGGACACACCUCCAAUCGCAUGCGCAGACGCGCGGCGGACUUUUUGUUUAUGUUUAAAAUGGAUAAUGCGGUAGCUGUCGUUAGGAAGGUCAUAAUGGGCUUUAUUUAAUCAAUCCACGGCCACUAUCAAGGAAAUUUGCCGACAACAGGCGAAGUGUAUCGCAGGUUCACGUUUAACAGGGGUCAUUGAUUUCUUCAUUAAAGCAGCUCUUCAUGUUCAUCUGAUUAUGUUCACUGUGAAGACAAUGACACCUUCAAAAGCUUCCAAGCAGGCUUCAGCUGCAGCAUCAAAGAUCAAAAAUAAGAUCCUCAACACCUCGUCCUUCUUCAAGAUCUCUUUGAAGACCAAUAACAAGGCCUUAGCUCUUGCUUUGGAGGCCCAGAAGGAGAGGAGCAGGCAGCUGGAGAGGGAGAUUGUGUGCCUGCAGAAACAACUGGAGGCUCUGUGCUUCGAACUGGCCACCAGGAAAUACAAGGACAGGAAACUGCUCCUCAUCUUGAAAAACCUCCAUAGAAACACUCUGCAGCACUUCGACGUGGUGGCCGACUUAUUCUCCGACAGUGAUCUGCCUAAACUCUCUCAGGAUAACAAGACCUUAUUUGGUAACAUCAACGAUGAAAAUCUUGCAGUGGAAAGUCCUACAGAUCAGUUACCUCCUCGGCCAGAGAUGUCAAGGGAUUUGUUGUGUCCCAGAAAAAACGUAACAGCAGACCUGCCUGAAAAAAACAUGGAUGAGAAUGUCUUCCUUAUCCAGAGUAGACCCAUUAAGUCCACCGAUGCUUACAAUGAUAAUACAGACGUUGAGAAAAGGCUUUCGAGCCAGCGUAUCCAAGCUCCCCAGACAGGAACAUCCCGUCCAUCCAGCAGCCUAAGGGAUGAAGUAGAGAGGCUGUCGAUGAUCUUCUCUCAGUCAGGGUCGGACAUGAAGGCAGUCCUCUGUCCUCAGAACAGUCAAACCUCCUCGCUUCUCGGCACGUGUGAAAAAUCCCAACCAUUUCCCACAGAUAAUGUGAACCCUCCCUGUGGCUCAGUCAUGGAAACUGAACCAGAUCAUAGUAACAAACAAGAGAAAACUUUGCUCCUGAAUACAACAAUGGAGAUGACGCAGAGUAAUGCUCCCGAGAUAGUCACUGUGGAAACCAAGGCCAAAAAACCGAGGCCGAAAGGCCAGAAGAAAAAGGAAGAAGCCCGUGGGUCGAGUGUGGCUGAAAAUCCACAAGUGAAGAACUCUGCAGAUUCUAGGAUGAGUGAGGCUCAGACUGCUCCCGCUGACACUGUGUUACAGACAGAUGACCAGGCACUGGAGGAUAUCAGAGACCUAGAAAACAAGUGUCAGUCACCUAAAAAACAGUCUAGGAGUAUCCUUACCUCUCGCUUGCCCAAGUUGAGCAAGUCCGAAGCUGGCGGCUGUCAGAGAAUGGCAAAGGGGAAAUUCAAAUCACAUCACCACACCAAGUCAAAGACAGAGUCCUGUGACAUCGUCCUACCAGAUCUUGACGAUUAUUUCAUGGAUCCUGAAAAUAAAGUCUCCAAAGCCGGCGGAAGUGCAAAAUUACCGCCAGAGAAAGACACUGCAGAAGAAGAAGUGUCCAGGAUCACAUACAGGAGGUCCAGGGUCAAAGGGAGGAGGGUAUCUUCAGUCACCAGUAAAACUGUAUUCACUUUGCCAUCUCGUGAAAGCGAGAGCAGUGGUUCCAAAUUAGAACAGCCCCGUAAUGAAGAAGAAGAAGUUCGGGGAAAAUAUGAAGCAUGCAAAGACCAAGAGCAACCUGACGAGUUCCUGUUCACACGUCCAGAGUCCGUCUAUGUGAGGAGUCUUUCCCCUAGUGGCAAUCACUCACAGAGCAAAAUGAAGACCACAACAAAUUCUGGGGGAAGUCACAAAUCAAAAUGCAGAGGGACGUUUGUUAUCGCAGUGGCGAGAGAUAGCACCUCAUCGAACAGUGCAUCACCGCACGUGGGUGAUGUAGAGCAGGAUUUAAUGCCUUCCACAGGAUCCUUCCACUGUGAGGCAGAGGAGCCGCCAACAGUCCUUCAAUGUUCAGAAUCAGAUCCGCACAGGAACAGUGAUAGAGACUUUGUCAAGGAAACACAGAGCUCCUGUAAGCGUCCUUGGGUUGCCACGCAGGAUUCGGGGAUCUUUCGAGGAGACUUGGGAAGCAAUGAUAACCGUGAAGUACUGCUGCUGGACCAAGACUCUACUACAAGCACAGAGUUUCAGAAACCUAAAAAAGCCAGGAGAGAAGAAACCGGGCGAUCUGGCAAGAAGAAAGCAGCGCAGAGGAAGGAGUGUGAUGACCUUUUACAUGACAAGAAAAAGAGGAAUAAAAGCAGCCAUAGCAACAAAGGAUUAAGAUCAGAAAAGAAAGCACGUCGUCUUCAGGAAGCCAGUGAUGCCUCACCUCUCUGUGGCACUGACGAUCCUGAGAGAAGUGAAGAACAACUAGACCAUUUACAAGCGGCCGACAUCAGUGAAACGGAUGACAUCUUUGAGCACCUCUACGAUUCAAAACCCACCAAGUCAAAGUCCAGGAUGGAUUCCAAACCGAAAGAGUGUAGAAAGAAAUCCAAGCUGCACACACCCAAGGAAACUACAAAUCCAAGGGAGACGUUUGUUGUCUAUAGGCGGAAAACUCAAGACGGCAUUUCACUGAACAACGCCAGGACAUGUAAUGUGUCAGGCGCCUACAGUCACGCGGUGGACGCCGGUGACGAGGCAGUUCAUCCGAAUCUAGGAGACCUGCUGGCGGAUGAGACGCCACCGUGGCUGGCCAUGGAUGUUAGCACUGCGAACACCGAGGUGGACUCUCUACUGGCCAGUCCGAACAGGGAGGCAUCGGGCGGGGCGGCAGUCAUUGAGGAGUCUACCGCCGGCGCAGACCAAACCUCUCCAGCAGGAAGAGUCCUAACCUCCCUGACCAACACCAUUUCAACCCCAGACAGCGCAAACAGAGGCAGAACCAGGAGACGUAACGGUGUUGUCAGUUAUAAGGAGCCGCCCCUCAACAGCAAAAUAAGGCGUGGAGAUAAAUUCACCGACAGCAUGUUUCUGAGCUCUCCGGUGUUUAAGGAUGGCAAGAAGAAGAGGCAGAAGAAGACUGUGGCCAAGCCAAAGUUGGAAAGAUCCCUCUUUGUGGACUGAUUAUUUUCUCCCUUUUUUUUCAUAAUCUGGUUUAUUUUAAUAGUCGGUUUGCUUUAAAAGCUUAAUAAAGACCUUUUUAAUGAGUCUUUUAAAUCACUUAAACAGGUUUGCUGUCAAUCAUAUUUUGUAGUCUGGACUGGAGAGGUGCUCCUACGAUGCACAUUUCACCGAUGUGUAUAUUCUCCCAUCCGUUGCUCCGCUUGUUUUCCAGUGAUAUCUGCUGGGUAAUGGUCAGAGAGACUGGCGGGAGGUCUGUCAUAAAUUAUUCAGUCCAGGCCAUUUGCCUGAGAAACCUGAUCCACAUCAGAAAGGUUACCCGAUUCAGUGUUGCAUGACUGCAGGCGACCAUCUUUAGGGGUUUGUGUCCCUGGAGCUGAAGUGUCGUAAGCGUCUGCUUUUGUUGUAAAACAUCAGUUUCUGGUCGUACAGGACUGUGUGUGGUGAGUACAGAUGCUUGCCUGUUGAAUUUGUUUUGAAUAUGCCAGUUUUUUUGUUUUUUUUGUCUUC